AUGGGUAUCACCGUCUCGAAGUUGUUCGACCGUCUCUGGGGUCGCAAGGAGAUGCGAAUCCUUAUGGUUGGUCUUGACGCCGCCGGAAAGACCACCAUUCUGUACAAGCUCAAGUUGGGUGAAAUCGUCACCACCAUCCCCACUAUCGGUUUCAACGUCGAGACUGUCGAGUAUAAGAACAUUCAAUUCACCGUGUGGGAUGUCGGUGGUCAGGACAAGAUCCGUCCUCUGUGGCGCCACUACUUCCAGAACACCCAGGGUAUCAUCUUCGUGGUGGACAGCAACGAUCGCGACCGUAUUGUUGAGGCCCGUGAGGAGUUGCAGCGCAUGUUGAACGAAGAUGAGCUUCGGGAUGCUCUGCUCCUGGUGUUCGCCAACAAGCAAGAUUUGCCCAAUGCCAUGUCUCCCGCCGAGAUCACCCAGCAGCUCGGUCUCCAGAGCUUGACUCGUCGUGCUUGGUUCAUUCAAUCCACCUGCGCUACCACUGGUGACGGUCUGUACGAGGGUCUGGAGUGGCUCGCCGACACCUUGCGCAAAACCAACCGCGACUAA